CCGGUGGCGAGGUCUUUUUUCUCUGCACUAAACACCGAGACCCAUCGCGGUAAAGAAAAGUAGUUGAAGGACUUGUCUCAUCGGUUCAUUUUUUUGAUUGAGGGAAUAUUGAGUGAAGCCCUACCUUAUCAGUGCAGCGGGCAGCACAAGAGCGAGAGCACGCUGGCGUUCGUGCGCGGUAGUAGUAUAUUCUGAUGCUACGUAGCCUAACAAAAACAACGAAGCCGUUGUGAAUAAUUGAGGAAUUUCUGUUACCAGCGUGUUCCACACUGAACCCAAAAUUAUUAUACAUAUGUAAGUAGUUGCAAGAGAAGAGUUUUUAUCACUCGAUCCUUCGGUUAAAAUACAAGCUCAAAUAAGCAAGUAAAUACACUUUUCGAUAAUCGAUACUCCACAAGAAACGUCGACGCUUUCCCGUCAAAGACUAAACAACGAAAAUGGCGAUGAUCCGCUCUUUCCUGAACCGGGCUCCGGUCAUGACCCGCACAACCCUAUUCCAGAUGCUGGAGAAACGUACGCCUUUUCCGAAAAAUAUUUUAUUCGUCAAUUCAUCAUGAAAAUCAGAAAGAAUCUAAAACAUUCCAGUUUCGAGUAGUGGGGUUCAUGCCCGUGCAGCUAGCUCAUGAUUGAGAUAGCAUGAAAAAUAUAUUUUUUGGCUGUCAAGGAGGAGGAGGCCUGCUAGAAUAUUUCAAUUUCUAUCCACCCUGCAGGUGCAGCAACCGCAGCUGCCGUUAGCGCAACAUCCAAGCUUGAGAAUCCGAGAAUCAACCAGUGCCUGACGAACCCCGUUGGAAGUACUGAUAAUUUUUUUGUGGCUAUUUUUCGAUAACCAAAAUGACGCCAAUUGUACUCAUGCGUAAUCUGACUGUUUGGCGCUUUAAGGAGCCCUAAAUUUCUGCGCAAUCAGCCUACUUUUGUAGAUAAUCCAUCGUUGUUUAUUGUUUCACCAUUUUUGGCACUGCUUGUAGGUUUUGAGAUAUUUCUGCAUACUUACGAUCAGGCGUCCGACAUGCGGGCGCCGCGACUCUUGCUUGUGGUAUCGCUACUGUAGCCCUAGGCGGUGUUGCGCAGGGAUUGGGAUCAGUCUUCGCUGCCCUAGUUGUCGGCACGGCACGCAAUCCCGCCAUCAAGGAUCAACUUUUCGCGUACACAAUGGUCGGAUUUGGUUCCGUCGAGUUGAUGAUGUUUGUCGUGGUAGGCCUUGCGGUUGGUCUCCUUGUCUCAGAAUAAACGCAAUAGACGGAACAAGCAAGUAGGGCUAGCUCGGUUAGUACGACAGUAGUUCAGGGUGGAUCCUAGAAGAAACGCCAAGAAAUUUACUCUUCAAGUUUUUGCGUUCGAGGGUCUGGAUAUUGUAGGCCGUGUACGUAGUUGUUCUCCUGAUGUUUAGGGAAAAAGCUUAAGUCUUUCUCGGGACGUGCGCGUUGCACCUCUAUAUUUUCAUGAUAUAAAUUUUUAAUUCAUACUUUCUUCUGAGAGAAUGAGAACGGUCUGGAAUGUUGGCAAAUCGACAUUUUAUCAAUUAGAAAUUGGGUUGGGGUUGCAGAACUUUUUGCGAGUUCUGUAGACUAUGACUACUGAACUGUACAAAAUAUAUUGCACUAAUGUUUUUUGACUCGGUAAGUAUCAGCUCUUCAUUCUUUUCCUCUGCAGUUUCGUGCCUCUGAUUUAGUACUAAAUUUUUCAGUAAGGUUCGCUUAUCUAUCUUCUGUUUUCUUGUUGUUCGUUUUUGUCUAUUUUCAACAGUAUAUUCUUUCUCAUUUUCAUCUACAUCUUCUAUCUGUGGUAUCUAUCCUUGGUGUAUAUUUUGUCUUUUCUUCGGAUUAUUCAAUUACCGAGACAAGAGCGAACGAGAGAUGUUGCAAAGUCGUUCGAAAUAGAGACUUGUAUUUGAGUGAGCAGUGUCUCACUGACAACGAAUUAUACUUCUCGAACCCCUCGCUGUUGAUGUAAGUAAUAGGCCUGUCCGAGUCUCUCAUGGUUUCUCAGCUUCUGCGCGAAGGUGUCGCAUUUCUGACGAGUCUGUUUCGUGCUGCGUACCAUGUAUGGCUUGAAAAGUGAAGUAUGCGUGAACGGACGUGAAACUGCAGGACAGUUUCGGAUGUGAAAAUUAUGUGUGAGGC